AUGGAUCUCGGUGGCUUAAAGGUCAAGGAUCUGCCGCCCGUGCUAACGGCGGCAUCCCUCAUAGAUGUUUGCCUUUCUAAGACACAGAGGAAGACUCCAACAGAAAUACAUAAGCGGAGCAACAUCAAUGUCAUUAAGAAAUUCUACAUCCGGAAGAUCAAGACAUGCGCCCAAUUCUUCAUCGAGAAGCUUAAAGCCAUCAUCGUUUUGUUCCCCAAACUCGAUAGCGUGCACCCUUUUUAUGGGGAUCUACUGAACAUUCUCUACGACCGAGAUCACUACAAGUUGGCCCUCGGGCAGGUGGCAGCUUGCAUCAACAGAAUAGAGCGAAUUAGCAAGGAAUAUAUCACCCUGUCCAAGUACUCAGAUUCCCUUUACAAAUCGAAGAUUGUGAAGAAACUGUCUAAAGUAUUUGAGUAUUUGGAAGAAGUGCGCAUGCAUCUGCAGCGGCUGCCGGUUAUACAAACUUCAGCCCGUACAUUACUGCUUGCUGGCUUCCCGAAUGUGGGGAAAAGCUCUUUUGUCAAUCGCCUGAGUAACGCAAAUGUGGAGGUGCAACCCUUUGCGUUCACCACGAAAAGUCUGUUUGUCGGGCACUUUGAUCAUCUCUACACACGAUGGCAGAUAAUAGACACUCCAGGGAUUUUAGAUCAUCCUCUGGAGGAGAGAAAUUUGAUCGAGAUGCUCGCAAUUGCAGCCCUCACCCACCUUCACUGCGUAGUGUUAUUUGUGAUUGACGUGAGUGAAGAAUGCGGCUAUUCGGUGGCCCAGCAAGUGGCGCUCUUCAAAAGCAUUCACGUACUAUUCAAGAACAAGCCAAAAGUUGUUAUCCUCAACAAGACUGACAAAGUGAAACCUGAAGACCUUGAGCUCGAUGCAAAACAGCUCCUCAAGCAGCUUGAGACUGAAGCAGACGUGUCGCUUUCGGCUACGUCGACCCUAACUGGUGACGGCCUGGACGAGGCUAAGAAUCUGGCCUGCGAGCUGCUGCUGCAGCAAAGGAUGAUGCGGAAAGCAGCCGCUGUGGCUUCAGCAGAUCCCGCAGCAGCAGCUGUAGCAGCAGCCACAGGAAGUACUCCCUUGGCGUCUGCUGCUGCUACUGCUGCUCUUGGAGUCAAGGGGCCUGCAGCAGCAAUGCUUCAUGUUUCCAGUGUGCAGCAGCCACGGCAACCACAUAUCCCGGAGAGCGUCUUGCGGGAACUGGAGCUAAAGAAGCAAGGACUUCUGCCGCCGAAGCAGCGGCUAGAGAGGGACAUUGAGGAGGAGGAAGGAGGCCCUGGGGUGUAUAGCUACGACUUGCGUAAAAAGCAUAUCCUUGCGAACGAGGACUGGCGGUACGAUGUUGUCCCUGAGAUUUUUGAUGGCAAGAACGUCAUGGAUUUCGUUGACCCGGAGAUCGAACAAAAAUUGCAAGCCCUUGAAAGGGAGGAAGAGGAGCUCUUGCAGAAGGAACUCGAGCAGCAGGAUGAAAUCCAAGAUCAGCUGACGAGGCUGCAAUCGGUGCGAGCCAAGCUGAGCCGCCUGCACCGCGGCAUUAGCCACAAGCGGAUGGAGGCGAAGCUAAGGAAGAAGAAGAACGGACCACGCCUCCUCAAAAAGACGAAACGGCAACUGGAGGAGGCGCGGCGGGCUCUUCAGGAAGAGUCGAUCAAUCCGACAGCAGAGAGCAACAGGAAGAGGGGCAGGGACAUGGACAGAGAGCCGUUGGAAGAGGAUGCAGAGCAGCGUCAGCGCCUCCGCACAAAGAUACGCCGUCUCACCCGCUCGCGUUCAGUUGCAGAUUCAGCAAGGAAGCGCGAAGCCACCACCCACAACGACGGGACUCUUGGGGGAGUUCCUAGUGGCGGAGAAGAAGAAGAAGACGCCCGGCUUACGUCUGCUGUGGUUCUGGGCCAGAAGAAACGACUAGGUGGCCUUUCUAAAGAGAAGGCGAUGCAGCUCAAACGAAGCGUUGAUAGAAAGCUCCGAGGAACUGCAGGAGAAAGUGACAGGUUUAUUCAGGUUAAGAAGGUCAAAUGGAUGAUGUCCGGGAAGAGGGGUAUUGGCAAGACACACAGCAGAUAA